AUGCGGCUGUGCUGGCACUGCCAUCUUUGACUUUCUUUCUAAACUGUCAAUAAAUAAACUAUUGAUAGAGAACGUUAGCUAUCAUCAAAUGUGCUAAAAGCAAAAGUGUCUCAUUUCGGCCAUGAAGGGCUCAGCUUUGUGGGUAAUUGUGGAAUGUUCCUGUAGAGUUCUCGGCAUCUCGACUGCAGCAGUUUUGUGUGCAGUGGGUAUAGAGACUCAGAGUCAGGGAGAGUUCACCAGUUUGGCCGUUUAUCUCCUACUGUCCUCGUUGGUGAUUAUGAUUUUUGAAGUUGCCUAUUUCAUUGACGCUCUGUUGGCUACGUGUCUUCCUUGUCCACCAACUUGGAAGAUGUUCAUUCUUUGGAAGAAGAUGGCCAAAGUUGGAGGUUUUCAAAAAUUCCUGUACUACACAAUGAUGUCUGUGAUGUGUUUCCUGCAUCCGGUGCUUGUAUGGCAUGCUGUGAUUCCAGGGAUUAUGCUUGUUGUGACUGGGUUCUUUAACUUCAUACUGAGCAAAAAGAAGAAGUCGGAUGUGCCUAAAGAGUCCAGAGUAUCGUAUGGUGACCCGGCUCUGUCUUCUGUCUGUGUCACGAAUAGAGGAGACACUGAACACACGUUCUCUUUCUUUAACGCCAUCUCCGGCAAAAGAGCAUCUUUUAUUCCUAGCAACAGCCGAACGCAUGACUCCACAGACUGGGAUCAGUCAAUGAAGAAUGGUCAACACAAGAAAAGACACACGGACAGAAGGAAUGUGCACUUCGUUGAGAGCCUCAGAAGCAAUGAUACUGAAAUGGAAGAAUACCAUGAGGUGGAAUCAGAGGAGACCACGUCAGAUAAAGCACCAAUGAUUACACUGUAAAUGUGAGUGAUGUGGCAUCAUGUGCUGGUGAAAAAUUAAUACAUUAAUACCUCUUCAUCAUAAGCAAAUGUUUUUAUGUACUGAGAUAUAGUCAUGAGUAAAGAAAUUUAAUUAACAUGCAUUACACUUAUAGAAUUUGAAACAAAGAAACAAAUACAAAAUCACUUUCACAAGGGGUUUAAACACAGUUGUGUGGCAACAGUGUGUUAAUAUAGCCAGCCUCUAAUGGUAAAAAUGAAUUAAUUUUAUUAUUUAUAAUCACACUAUAUAAAAAAACCCUGAAGAAACACUUUGAUUGACAUUUUUCCUUUGUACAUGUCUUCCGAGGGAAAACCCUGAGUGAGAAGCAGCCGUCCGCCAUUAGAGUUUCCACCUGCUGAAGAUAAUGUCAGCGACUAAGAGGAUUACAAAUGUUGAGUUUUAGGAUGCACAAAUGAACACUGUAAUCUCCAUAGACUUCCUUCUUCUGAGAUACUGGCUGCGUCUGAAACCGCCUACUACUCAGUAGGCACUGCAUUUGAAUUAAAACGUACUACUCAGCCGUUAGAAAAGUAUGUUCUAUACAGUAUGAAUGUGAGAAGUAUGAAUCGAACUCGGACGUACUACAUUCGCCAUUUUGUCAUGGUCACGUGACCUACCUGCGUCAGCUGCUUUACUUCUGUCCCAUUCAUGAAAUCUCUCAUGGGGCAUCAUGCGAUAGCGCAGGGUGCAUGGGAUGCGCACUUCAGAAUCUCGCCGGAAGUAGUAAGUCAUCCGGGUACUUCUCGCAUAAUGAUUUUCGAAUUCAAGAAUUGGGACAUACUACUCGGCUCACAUACUGUUUUUAGUGUACUAUAUUGUAUGGAAGUAUGUGGUUUCGACGCAGCCACUGACACAUAGGCGUUUGUAGCUCCGCCCUCCUUUGAAAAGAGCACAAUCUAAUUUGAAUUUAAAGUGACAGUCACCAAAUAGCACAACUUGGAUUAAAGUCUAAUGCCGAGUUCAGAUGGCAUGAUUUUAGCCCCGAUUUUGACUCGCUGAGAGGUUUUGAGAAGUCGUCGUCAAAUGCCUGAAAUCACAGGCAAUUCGGUGCAAGUUCACGCGAGUAACAAUCACAGUGUGAAGUAUCAAAGAGGUGAUCUGAGAGAAUCGCAGAUGAGCCACCAUGCUAAAUGACUCAUUUCUGGACCUGUCGGUGAUUCAAAUCAUGCCGUGUGAAAUGUGUUCUGAUUGAAAAUAACAUUGGUGAUUACCUACAGCCAAUGAGAGAGCAGUAUCCACUAUAGGGUAUAGAGGCCAGAGAGAGGUUGGGGGAGAAGUUAAAAGGGCUCCUUUUCUGUCUGUUUGGACCCAAGAAAUGGAGGAAAAACUAGUGGAAAUUUGGCAGGAACACCUGUGUCUGUUUGAGGUUUCAUCUGAGCAAUAACACAACCGAGUCAAAAAAGAAAAAAGUUUAAGAGAAAUUGCUAAUUCCCUUCAA